AUGACCUUUAGCGACAAUGCAUCAACAGUGACAUGGUUUACUCUUUCUGGGUUUGAUGAGAUGAUGGAACACAGAGCCACGUUCUUCUCUCUUACUUUACUUUGUUACUGUGCGAUUAUACUAGUAAAUGUUGCUCUAAUUUUGACCAUCAUCCUGGAUGAAAACCUCCAUGAGCCCAUGUACAUCUUCCUGUGUAACUUGUGCAUCAGUGGACUUUUUGGCACAACAGGAUUCUACCCAAAAUUCCUUCUGGACCUACUGUCUCAUCUGCAGGUCAUAUCUUAUGCAGGAUGUUUAAUCCAAACUUUUGUCAUGUAUUCUUCUGCCUGUGGAGACUUUGUAAUUCUAGCAGUGAUGGCAUAUGACAGGUAUGUGGCAAUCUGUAGACCACUGGAGUAUCACUCUGUUAUGACCAGGCAGAGGGUCGCUUGGUUAGUGUCUUAUCCUUGGCUCUCUACAUUCUGUUUAUUCACUGUUACUUUAGUAAUGACUACUAGACUCAGGUUAUGUGGAUCACAUAUAGAGAAGCUCUACUGUGCGAACUGGUCAAUUGUUAAACUUUCCUGCUCUUCAAUUACAGCAAACAGUAUAUUAGGGUAUAUUAACAUACUUUUCUAUGUUGUACAUAUACAAUUAAUUAUAUGGUCACUGUGUUAGUCUAUUAUCCCUGGCUCUAUUUAUUCUGUUUAUUCACCGUUGCUAUAG